AUGCCAAGACACCGCUUGCAACCCCAGCUACCUCUACGCACUCUGAUUGGUGGAAUCCAGAUUAUGCUUACCCACCCGCUCUAUUGUGAUUGGUGGACACCCCGGCAAAGACUGGGAUCCGGGGAAUCGGCCACGAGCUCACAAAAUUCCCAGCCGAAGAAGGCCAAGCGCGGUAAUUGA